GGGGGGGGGGGAGGAGAGGCAGAGACGGAGGGUGAAGGGGGGGUGGGUGGCUGGCAUCAGCCGGGCUCCGGUGCCACAGCCAGAAGCCCCCCCCCAAAGCUCUUCCAGUUGGUCAUUUAAAAAAAACAUUCGGCUGAAUUGCAGAGCCUUUCUCGGCCCUCCGAUGCAGAAUAAAGUUCUGUCAAAGCCCCCCCCCCUCCCCUCAGCCCAAAAAGGUGGGGGGGGGGGCAGCAGAGAAGGCCAGAAUUGGGCUCAAUGCCAGCCCUCUGCAGGCCCAUCUCCCCUCCAGCUGCUCUUGAAUAGAAACGGGACCUUUGCGUGUUCCAACUUCCUAGUCCUUGUGAAGGCAAAGGGCUGCUUCAAAGCAUUGUGUGUGUGUGUGUGUGAUUCCCUUCAAGCCUGCACGGUGAGAGACCCCCCCCUUUUUUUUCCCUCUGAUUAAAAGACGAGGGCCUGCAGAACAGUGUACCCCUCUUCAGUCUGGCUGGGCACCCCCAAAAGGUGGUGGGUGGAGGCCCCCCGGGGGUGGCACGAGAGUCCCAGCCCCCCCCCCUCUGUCUCCCCUACAGCAGGGACGGUGGGACCCCCGAGAGGCCGGUCAUGAUCCACCGGGCAGUGCUCGGCUCCGUGGAGAGGAUGAUGGCUGUCUUGGCCGAGAAUUACGGGGGCAAGUGGCCCUUCUGGCUCUCCCCCUCCCAAAUCAUGGUGAUUCCGGUGGGCCCAGAUGCAGAGGAGUACGCUGGAGAGGUCCACCGGCUCUUUCACCAGGCCGGAUUCCAGGCAGACCUGGAUGCCGAUUCGGGGGUGACCCUUAACCGCAAAAUCCGGAGAGCCCAGUUGGCCCAGUACAACUUCCAGUUCGUGGUCGGCCGGAAGGAAAUGACCCACCGCACCGUGAAUGUCCGCAGCCGGGACAACCACCGCCACGGCGAGAGAGAUCUGCAGGAGGUGCAGCGCCGGCUGCGGGAGCUCCAGGAGACGCGGGCGAGGAACGCGGAGGAGCUCUUCUGAGCCAAAGGCAGGGUCCCCGCAGGGCUGGCGCGGCUUGACGCACCCAGGAGGAGACCUCCAGGCUUCGUUCAAGGGCCUAGUCCUCACCGAGGAGCGUGAAGGCUGAGAAGGCUGAGGAUCUCUCCCUCCUUGCUGACUGCUCUGCAGAUGCCACCCCUCCCUCGGUGGGCAGCUUCCUGGAGCGUCACCUGGGCUGAGUCACCUGCCCCCCUCCGGAGGUUCUGGGAAGGUGUCGCACCCGCUUCCCCGCCCUUUCCCGGAGCCCUGCGUGGCUGUAUUUGGGGGAGGGGGCUGCACGAACCUUUCCUGGCCACUGAAGGUCAGCUUACCAGUUAGAUCUGGAUCCCCUGGCCGGCCCCCCCCUCCCUCCCUCCUGCCGAUAAGGGCUGACCCCCCCCCCAGAUGCCCAAGGAGUGACACGGAGGAAGCUCUGGGGGGGGGGUCCUUCCCCCACCUGACUCAGGAGCUGCCCCCCCCUCGCUUGAAACUCUGCAAAGGAGAGAGAGAGAGUGGCUGGGGAGGGACCCUUUGACCUCCCCUCCUCCGGAAGAUUCCUCCCAUCUCUGUGAAACCGAACCUCCAUGUUCCAAGGCAGUCUACCUCCCUGUACAGGGAAGUCUUUCCGGGACAGGACGUCCCGGCCUGACAGGCCUCCCCCGCCUUGGUGACGGCUCCCAAAAACAGUCCAUUUCCCCCCCCUCCCCACAAAGGUGGCUCCGUUGGUCAGCGCUGACUCAGGAGUGCUUGGACCAGGCGUGGCUCUUCUCUUCGGAGGCUCCAAACAGCCCCCAGGCCUGAGCUGAGAGCGGCAGCCGCUGCAGGGGGUGGGGGGGUGGGGGGAGUGCUUGGGGUGGGGGGGCAUUUGCAGCCCCUCCCUCAGGGCUCCCCCUGACCCUCAGUGGGACAGAGCACUUUUCACCUGCAGCUGGUAAUAAACCCUCUUCAAUCCA